CGUUUUUACCAUGAGGUGGACAUCUGCAAUGUCCCCCGCAACACUUGUAUAGUAUAAUACUGUGCAGUGCCGUUUUUUUGUUAAGAGGUAUCGAAUGAAACCGGGUAAGAAAAAUGCCUCGCGUCUCCUUGGCCUAUAAUACUUUGCUUUUUCGAAGGCAUGUCAACCACGGCUAUUCGGGGAUGGUUAUGUUGGAUAACUUUUCGUAUCCCAUCGUACCGUAA